GCCAGGAAUUGUUUAGAUUUACAUGCUUUAACUCUUGUGUUGGAUGAAUGAACGACUGGAAUAUGGUUCUAGGGACUAGGGUUGAAGGUUUAGCUGUAGUUGAGAUCCGUAUAUGUGCUUCACCUGGAAGGGACUACAUUGACAAGGACCUUGGAUCUAAUUCAAAGCUAAACAAACACCAGGACAACGAACCCAGUUCAACGACAGACGUCACAUCAUCCACAACAACAUUAUACCCCCCUCGACAGAGUGUACUCAUGUCAACUGUUAAAGACUCCAGCUCACCCAAACUGUUCCAGUUCUCUAUCACGCAAGGACAACAACCUCGUAAACGACUAAAUCCUUAUGUGAGCGAUGGAUUUGUUGUGGAUUUGAAGUGGAGCCAAGAAUGUGCUGAUUCAUCUUCAAGUUCCGAUGAAACGUUUUAUCUGAAGGUACAUGGUCAGAGGCGUUAUGAAUUAUUAACGAAAAUCAACGAGGCUCUCCAUUUACUAGAUGGUGUAAAGGCACCUGAUCAAAUACCAAACAAAUAUGCAAGUGAUGAAAGAAGACCUCCAGAAUUCACCAGAAUUCAGCCAAGAAAUAAUGAUAAGGAACAUGAAGCAAAUCUUCGUCAACUUCAAGAUCGUAUCAGAGAUGAAGGGAAAAGGUCAUUACAAUCUGAGACUUUCAACAGUCUUGAUGACUUUGUUGGUGAUGAUGAUGAUGAAAAUGAAGUUAUCAUGAAUACAAGUGGAAGGCAGCCACUGGGAGCAAAAUCAGGAUAA